UGCGUGGUUUUUCUAUUCAUAUACUGACACUCGUAAGCCCCCGCGUUAUAUUAUUAUUGGUCAACAUCUCCACGCUUUCGCGCAAGAGGCCGCCCAGACUGCGCCAGAGAAUGGCCUCACUCGGCCAAGACUUGAACGGUAUCAUCGACAAACCGGAACCUAGCUCAAAGAGGAGCUUGGAGCUGGACGACCUCGAACGCCGCAGCCCCUUCUCGACGAGCAACGCCGACGACUUCGAACGUUCCACCCGCUUCUCGAAAACGAAUGCGGACCGCUUCUCGAAGAGGAACGCUGACGACCUGGAACGCUUUAGCGGCUUCUUGAAGAGGAACACCGACGACCUGGAACGUUCCAGACGCUUCUCAAAGAGGAACGCGGACGAUACACAGGUCGAUAUGGAGGUCGACGGACAAAAUUGCACAAUCCGACAAGGUGUCGAGGUGGUCAAACUUGAUCUCGAGAACCUUCCUGCUCAGCCAGAUUUGCCGGUGCACACAGACAGGAUCCCCUUCGACUGCAUUACAGUGGACGAUCAGAAGACCAUCCCCAUGAAUGGUUUCAGCGCGCUUCCGUUUAAGGGCCUGAUCUACAGACCACUAUUUUCGCCUAAUUUCAAUAUCAUUUCAAUAGGUCGCGAUCGGAUAAUACAUAACCCUCUGGUCCCCCCCCCUGCGUACUUCGAAUUCCCCUUUUCCCAAAUUCUCUUCCCCUACGUCAUGCCCAAGGCACCCAAGGAACCCAAGAGCCGACAGUCGUCGAAACCCCCAGGCUCCGCUCCUAGAGCCUCGACUCGCGCUGAGAGGAUCGGGACUGGCGAGGAUCGACAGGCUGCGAGUAGUUCCGCAAGUGUUCCUGCCCUCCCCGGACUCCAAUCUUCUUCCUCUCAACCCCAACCACGGCAAUCGUUUUUGUCCGGUCUCUUUCAAGGAUCGUUAUCUCCUCCCCCGGCUCUAUCAACCUCCAACACCGCUCCAAUCAACUCGCAAGCUCAACCAGCUUCGUCCUCCCUCCCCGCAUCGACAUCAGCGACUCUUCCAGCUCGACCGGCUCCUCGUCCGCGCCCCGACGCCGACAGACCUGAUGUUCGCGCUCCUCCCCAAGACGAUCUCCUCGCGAAUCCGUUUCUCGAUCGUGAUCUCAAUCCGCGUCAAGUCGAAGCCGACUGGGACGCAAGGAUCGCUGCAUACGGUAUCGGCGAUGAUGCAGAACAAGGAGGUCUCGGGGAUGUUUUGGGCGGGGGUUUGUUGGGAAGUGACGAACGGAUGGAGGGGAUGGAGUUCCUUUUGACAAGCCAAGAACGAGAGGAACGCGAACGUCAAGCCCGGGGCAGUGAAAAAGACGAGAGCGAAGUGGAGGACGAGGAAGACGAUCCGAUGGAUGGUACGGUGUCGGCUCAAAGGUCUCAACAGGCCAAACUUCCUACCCCUCAACCUCCGGCCGGCUUGCAGAUGCCUGCAGGAUCUAUCCCGGUCGCUACCUCCGCCGCCAGGACCAUGGUUCCACCUCCAGCCUCAUCUUCGGCUGGGCCCGCUACUCCCGCCUCAAAAUCCUCUCGACAACGAGCAACACAAGGUGUCACACCUGCGGUUCGUUUAGUGCUGGACUGGCCUAUCUUGCAAUAUCAAGAUUACGAGUACAACCUGAACGAGGAGCCUCAUCUCCUUGCCGGCAUUUUGAACGAGUUGCCCGAUAAUUCUGAGGCCACUGAUUCAAACCAACGUCAAGUAGCUUGGGACGAAUGGGAGAUCGGACAAACCAUCGCCAACCUCGACCGGACAAUGCCCGACCAGAUCAGGGAGGGUUUACGAAUUCUCGGCGAACGCAGACAGCGUGAUCGGCAGGAAAGACACAGGAAUGCGCAAGCACGAGAAAACGAGCGACUCGCUCAACUCAUCCGAACUGUUGCUCCGGCCGCGCCUGCCACCACCACGUCUCGACCGGCUACGGAGUCAGGCGCUCGCAGCGAUGCCCUCGACCCCGCCGGAUUACCACUCGAUCGACCCAGCCGGGCAGAUCGAGGACGAGAGGCGACGAUCGAGGUGAAGACCGAGGGCGUCAAAAGAGAACGGAUGGCUAUGCCACCAACUCCUCCGCUGCGACGUCGAAACCUCCAACAGCAGCGGGAUGAUGCUGAGUUUGUUCCUCGACCGGUUCGCCCAGAGCAAGAGAACGAGGAAGCUACGCGUGGCCGUCGUCACGAGAUCUUCAUGGAAGCGGCGGACCUGGGCAGCGACGAGGAGAUACGCAUCGUCGAGCCUCCCGCACCGGCACCGGCGCCGGCCGCGCUCGAGCGAAGGAUCGUGGUCGCCCCCAACCUCGCCGUUAGACGUUUGCCGUCGCGAUCCCAAUAUCCCGAGCUCUUCGUUCAAGUGGGCGAGAACACCACCUGGACCUACAUCCUCGACGUCGACGAUCACCCUCAGGAUAUCAUCGACCGCCUCAAGCUGGCCACAAGGACAUCGGACCCCAAGGAGCAGAAGAGAAUUCUCGAGGGAAUGUUCCUCGGCAAGCACUCCGCCCCUGCCAAUGUCAUCAAAGCUCGCCAGAAUUGGCUUGAGUCACACGGCAUCGAUAUCCACGGUCCCGGCUGGAACAACACUAUGCGCAAGAAGUUCGGUCUGGUGACGUCCACCGGCCAUGCCAUCGCCUCCGCCAUCGCCAAGAACAAGAAGGGUACGAACAAGGACCCCUUGAACGAUCCUCCCUGCGUCCAAUGCCAGCGACGGUUCAACGAAGGCGAACUGGAUAAAAGGAGUGCGCCUUGUCGGUCUCGAUCUUGGAAACACGGCUGCACAAACUGUGUCACGUUCGGGCAGCACAACGCCUGCUCGUUGAAAGACUCCAAUCAAGCAACCGUCUACGAGCAAUACGCUCUUUUGGUCACGAAGCAGGCCGAGUCGUUGUUGAAUUUCAACAUCGCUCGUACCGCCGAGACUCUCCGAGCAGCCCACGCUGGGUUCGCCGGAGCUUUCACCGCCUCCCAACAGAUGCAGUUGGCAAUGGUGCAGCUCCUCGAGGUCCUUGCGCCCGGUCUGGUGCAGCGCGGAGUUGACGUCCUCAACAAUCAGGACGUUCCUCGAGACGACACGACCCCGGCCGGCCGACACAUGAUGGCGACGUACAGGCGAGCCAUGGUGUACGACGAAACGACUCGGGAGUUCGAUCGCGACGCCGGCAACCCGCCGCCUCAGCACCCGACCCUGGAGACGUUGGUCCAGCAUAGCUUCCACGAGUCGCCAAUGGCUCAGCGACGCCAGCACCAGGCCAACGUCCGGGCUCGGAUCACUGGGGCCGACGACGAUUCGGACAGGUCGCCAUCUCCGUCUGAUCCGUCUGACGCCAUGGCCGAGGCUCGUCGUGCCGCUCGAGAAGCUCGACGACGACAAGAGGAGCGUCAAAGGCGAUACACGGAUACGAGGAAUACGGACUGCAAUUUUAAUGAAAAAAUCCUCUAUAUACAAGUCGUGUCGUUUCGAGUCAUUCACCCGACAAGGGGCCUCACACUCAUCCUCAUUUUCCACACGUCAACCGAUCAUGAGGUCACUCAUGACAAGAUCGAGAUCAUCAUGUUUUUGGAGCUGUAUCAGGCUCUGGAACGCGGAGACAGAAGACGAGAUCGACAGCCUCGACAGCCUUACUCGAUCUCCUCAUUAAGUGGGGCUCAAUACGUCCAGGAUCACCUUGUCCAUCCUCGCCGAUGCCAAGACGCCUGCGGUAUGACUCGCCAUGGGUUCAAGAAACUCUUAGCCACUCUGACCGACAAGGGACUUUUGGAGCCAUCGAAACAUGUCUCAGCUCAGGAGAUACUUGGAAUCGGUCUGCAUGUGUUCAGGCAUGCAGCCGGACACAGACAGGCUGGUAUCACCUUCAAUCGGAGUCAAGAGACGAUCAGCAAAUCCUUGUUGCUGGAUCUCAUUACUCCAUAG